CUUGCCAAGCCAUGCGGGCUACGGGCGCGUUUCUCGUCCGCAUGUCACGGCUGCUGCUGCUGCUACUGCUCAAGGUUUCUGCCUCUUCUGCCCUCGGGUCCGCCCCUGCACCCAGGAACCAAACUUGUCGGGGGGAAAGCUGUUCAUCUACACUGAUCCAGCGCCGUAGCAGGGACGCUUGGGGGCCGGGACAUUCUGCAAGAGACGUUGUUCGAGCCCGUGCGCCCUGGGAGAAGCCAGAGUCAGCGGUGCUCGCCGCGCCCUCCUGGUACAUACCGGCGGCCGCAGGCGAUUACCCAGGUGCCAGGAGAGGGGCGGAGGUGUCGGCAGCCGAACCCUCGGGACCUCCAACCAGACCGCCCAGCCCCUGGAGGUGGAAAGGCGCUCGCGGUCAGGAGCCCCCUGAAACUUUGGGGAGAGGGGACCCUACGGCCUUCCAACUCUUCCUACAGAUCUCAGAGAAAGACGAGAAGGGUCCCAGAAGCGCUGGCAUUUCCGGGUGGAGCCAGGAGCAAAGUGUGAAGACGGUGCCCGGAGCCAGCGAUCUUUUUUACUGGCCAAGGAGAGCCAGGAAACUCCAGGGUUCCCGCCACAAGCCCCUAUCCAAGACGGUCAGUGGACUGGCGGGGCACGAAGGGCGGACAAUUGCACCUCCUGGGAGGGCGCUGGCCCAGAAUGGGUCCUCGGGUGAGGGGGUCCCCGAGCGCGGCGGUCCCCGCCGGGGGAACAGCACGAACCGGCGCGUGAGACUGAAGAACCCCUUCUACCCGCUGACCCAGGAGUCAUACGGAGCCUACGCGGUCAUGUGUUUGUCUGUGGUGAUCUUUGGCACCGGCAUCAUCGGCAACCUGGCGGUGAUGUGCAUCGUGUGUCACAACUACUACAUGCGGAGCAUCUCCAACUCCCUUUUGGCCAACCUGGCCUUCUGGGACUUUCUCAUCAUCUUCUUCUGUCUUCCGCUUGUCAUCUUCCACGAGCUCACCAAGAAGUGGCUGCUGGAGGACUUCUCCUGCAAAAUUGUGCCCUAUAUAGAGGUCGCUUCUCUCGGAGUCACCACCUUCACCUUAUGUGCUCUGUGCAUAGACCGCUUCCGCGCCGCCACCAACGUACAGAUGUACUAUGAAAUGAUCGAAAACUGUUCCUCGACAACCGCCAAACUGGCUGUGAUAUGGGUCGGAGCUCUACUGCUGGCACUUCCAGAAGUUGUUCUCCGCCAGCUGAGCAGGGAGGACUUGGGGUUUAGUGGCCGAGCUCCUGCCGAGAGGUGCAUUAUAAAGAUCUCUCCCGACUUACCGGACACCAUCUAUGUUUUAGCUCUUACCUACGACAGUGCGAGACUCUGGUGGUAUUUUGGCUGUUACUUUUGUUUGCCCACGCUUUUCACCAUCACGUGCUCUUUAGUGACCGCCAGGAAAAUCCGCAAAGCAGAGAAAGCCUGUACCCGAGGGAAUAAGCGGCAGAUUCAACUAGAAAGCCAGAUGAACUGUACAGUAGUGGCACUGACCAUUUUGUAUGGAUUUUGCAUUAUUCCUGAAAAUAUCUGCAAUAUUGUCACUGCCUACAUGGCUACAGGGGUUUCGCAGCAGACAAUGGACCUCCUUAAUAUCAUCAGCCAGUUCCUUUUGUUCUUUAAGUCUUGCGUCACCCCCGUCCUCCUUUUCUGUCUCUGCAAACCCUUCAGCCGGGCCUUUAUGGAGUGCUGCUGCUGUUGCUGUGAGGAAUGCAUUCAGAAGUCUUCCACAGUGACCAGUGAUGACAAUGACAACGAGUACACCACAGAACUGGAACUCUCGCCUUUCAGUACCAUACGCCGUGAAAUGUCCACUUUUGCUUCUGUUGGAACUCACUGCUGAAGGACAGUACCUGGUUUGGUCAGAUUUGUUUAUUUGUUUGAUUUGAUAUCCUGCGAAAGUUUUUACUUCAUAUUUUUCCUUAUAAGGAGAAAAUGCAAAACAAAAAAAGAAGAAAGAAAGAAAUAUUAACUACCGUAGAAGUGAUUUUACAAAUUAAUAUUUGUGCUUUGAAAAACAUGUUUAU